AUGGAGAACCUCCCUGAAUUUCUAGCACUCGAAAUAGUGAGUCGUCUUGACGAUUCAGAAACAGUAGCUUGCUGCCGUAUGGCGAGUAAGACUUUCAAUUCUGUAUUUCCAGGCCUUCAAUUUAUAAACCUGCAGUGGCGAUUGAAAUGGUACCUGGAAUCAAGGUCCAGAGUUUCGAGUUCUUCAAGUUCUUCCCGAUUUACUCCCUCUCUCAAGAGAGUUUUUAUGAAUCUUGUAUCAAACUUAAGUGCACUGGAAUCGGUGCGUAUUGGUGUCGAGAAUCCACCUCUAGAUGUGUUGAACGCUGACGUUGAAGAUGAUGGCGAUGAUCUGCACAUCACCGAUGAGGACUUCGUUAAGGAGUGGCUCCCUAGGGUUUCCGGAGCUUUGAAAUUGCUUUCACUAUCAAAUUUUUGGGUUCAGUCGAGUAGGCGUCGAUCAGAAGUCUUGUCACUGAUCUCUGCGCACUAAUUUGAGGUGUGGUGUAGCAACAUUGGGCUUAAAGGUGUGAAAAGAUUUUGUGGGUAUUUGUCGGUGGUCGAUCCUUUGAUGACUUUCGCCUUGGUUGAUUGCAUGUUAGAAGAAUGCUUCAACAGUGUAGAAAUCUCUUUACUCAUCCACCGUGGUGUUCCUUCUAAUGUAUCAAAACAUUUCAUCACUAAGUGCAUGGCUCAGUGGCCUGAUCUGAAGUGGGGAUGGGGGAUUUGGGAGGAAGGAAGGGAAGAUUCUUGGAUCCCUGAAGAGCAAUUACCUUAA